AGAGAGACCACACACCAUGAGCUCACUCCUCAAACGCACUCCUCUCUCUCUCCCUCUCUUGAUCUUCUCCGUGUUGUUCGUCGCCUCCCCGGGUCUGGUUUCGCCGUUUGAGAUGGUGUCCAUGGGCCGGGUCGGGAGCAAGUACCACCAGCUGGCUCUCACGGAGGCCACCGGGCCCGAGAGCGUUGCCUUCGACUGCAGAGGGCGAGGCCCGUACAUCGGCGUCGCGGACGGGAGGAUCCUCAGGUGGGAAGGGCCACGCCGCAGGUGGAGGGAGUUCUCCGUGCCCACCGCGCACAGGGACAGGAAAUUGUGCGACGGCUCGAAGGACCCCAACAAGGAGCAGAUAUGCGGCAGGCCGCUGGGGCUCAAGUUCAACAGCGCGACGUGCGAUCUCUACGUGGCGGACGCCUAUUAUGGCCUCCUGAAGGUCGGGCCACGCGGCGGUGUCGCCGAGCAGCUCGCGACUUCCGGCGGUGGGGUGCCAUUCAACCUCACCAACGCGGUCGACAUUGACGCUCGGACGGGAGCCGUUUACUUCACGGACAGCUCCAUUGUCUACCAGAGAAGGGACUACAUGUUGUCCAUAGAGAAUGGAGACAAGACAGGGAGAGUACUCAAGUACGACCCCCGCACGAAGAGAGUGACGGUCCUGCUCAACGGGCUGUACUUCCCCAACGGACUGGCCCUAAGCAAGGACGGCUCUUUCCUUGUGGUGGUCGAAACUGGCAACUUCCAGCUGCUUAGGAUCCCUCUCUCGCCCUCCAGGACAGGACGCCAUGCGACUCCUGCGCAGGUUUUCUACCCUCAGCUCUCAAGGUACCCGGACAACAUCAAGAGGAACGACAAGGGCGAGUUCUGGGUUGCCCUCAACAGUGGAAGAGGACUGGUUUUUCCCAAGACGGAGGAGGGUCCUCAUCGGGGCUCAUCAGUGCGGGGCCGAGCUCACGGUGAUCGUGAUGGCAAUGAGAUUCCUUGGUUCACCAAAGACCCUGUGGCAAUCAAAUUCAGCGAACAAGGGAGAGUUGUGGAAGUGCUGGACGGGGGAUUUGGGAGGACGUUCGAGGCGGUGAGCGAGGUCGUAGAGUUCGCGGGCACACUGUGGAUCGGGUCUGGGACGAUGCCUUAUGUGGGUAAGUUCAAGGCGUAUUAAGGCUUCUGUUGGGCGUUGAUUCCUUUUCUGGUUUGGCCAAACAAGUGUGAGUGUUCUGGUUCUGUAUCGUUCAAUGUAGUCCUACAAUUUUUUCGCCUUUCUGCAGCUCGGCGCAAGGCGACAUCUCAGACUGUUCUGUAUGCGUCAUGCUUGUCAAUCUUAACUUCAUAAUAAUCGCACACAAUAUUUGGGAACAGGCACACCAUUACUAAUGGCUGUGGGGAGACAAAUCCACGUCUCCGUUACAAGAGUAGUUUCUGACUUCCGAAUGAAUUCGGUAAUCAUAAUUAGA